GUACCGCAGCUGGGUGUGCUGGGGCCCCUACGAUUACUCCUCCCCCUUCUUUUUCUGUAGAUAUUGAGAACCAGCUCCCAGCUCGGCUAUUCCCUCUCCGCACGGCAUCGCGACCUCUACUCUCUGCGCUCCUAUAGAAAACCAUCACGCUCCCCACCUUCCUCACAGUGGCAACCAUACCUCUCCCCCAUCUGUGCUAACUACGAUUCUUGCUCUCUUCCUCCACCGCCACACGGUGUCUGUAAUAAGGCUUCUUGUGUCCACGCCUCGGCACUGCUUACGUUGCGUCCCUCGGACCCAACGAAACUACAGUAAUUGCUUCGCGCUAAGUCCUCAGCUUUAGGAAAAAAGCCAGGCUUCGCCUCCAGCAUAGGCUAGUGAUGAAAGCUGCCCCCAUGCACAGAACUGAGGAAAAGCAGUCGGUCGCCCCUAGAGUGGCUGCGGAGGGUCAAUCUCCUCUUUGAGCUGUGUCCCAGUCCUUCCCUCGAUGAGGCUCUUCUACCCCGGGGGUUGUUCCCCGCGCGCUGCAACCCCAUUGGCGCAGCCAAGGGCCAGUUACGUUUCCGUGUCCAGUCCCUUUAUCCCGCGGCAAGUUGGCUGUCUUCUGGGGAAGGUAGAGGUGCGACUUCGACCCCACGGGAGGUAACUCACUUUGUUGGAAGGGUGUAGGAUAUAGCCAAGGCUCUUCCCCCCAUCGAUAUAUUGUUACACAAACAUGUUACACUUGAACCAUUGUUACUAUUUUUGCCACCCUUUCUUACCAGUUGCAGUUAUUUUCUCGAUAGUUUUCUUUAAGCUGAUUUGUUUUUAAAGUUUAAACGCUUUAGUCUCGAUCUAAGCAAUAUGGAUGGAACCAUGGGUUUCAUGGCUACUUACAGUUUUUUAUGCAAGUUAAAAUAAAAAUACAGCUGGUAAAAUAAAAUGUUUAUCCUUGUACCAUUAAAAUCAUCUUGCAUAUCACCAGCUGUACUUUAGGAACACCUUGGGAAAUAGCGUGUUAGACCAAACUGUGUGUUUUAAGUAAUUCCAUAUUUGAGGCACAGUGUUACUUAAUUUUUUCUUUGGCCAGGGAGGUCAGACUGGCAACCUGGAGCAGCUAGGCUAAGAGGCAAGCUGGGGUGCAAAUACAAGAUUUUAUAAACCUGCCAGUACAAAUUUCCUAAACACUGCCUUCCCUUUACUGUGCAUCCAAAAUUUGUUAUGAAAUCAUGAAUAGAAAUUAAGCACCACACCUUUCUCUUGCCUUCCAUGAGAAGUGAAUCCUUAAAUUUUUGUACUUUGAAUAAGUCAUGUAGUCAACAAAGUUUAACUAUUGCAUUUACUAUGUAUCAGGUGUGGAUACAAUGGUGAACCAGAUAGGUAAGAUCCCUACCUUAGGAAGCUUUCAGUGAAGGUAAGUAUGAAACACAGCAACACACAAACCUCCACUGACAAACAGGUGAUGGUUCCACAUUAACCGGCAAUCAAACCCAUGUCUCCCACAUAGAAGGUGAGACUUCUACCACUGAACCACCAAUGCUUCAGGCUUCAGCAGUGCUUUCAGACUAAGAUACAGUAGAAAGAAUAGCCUGGUGAUCUCCUUGCAAAGAUCAGCCAGUGAAAACCCUGUAGAUCACAGUGAUCCGAUCUGCAACAGAUCAUGGGGAUAGUGCAGGACCAGGCACCAUUUCGUUCCGCUGGGCGUGGGAAUGCCAUGAGUUGGACUGAACAGCAGCUAACAACAAUAUGUUUAUAUCAGUGGAGUAGGAAAUGUCUUUUUAAGACGUGAAAAACAGAAGCCAUAGAAGACAAGAUUGAGAAAUUUAACUCAUAAAGAUUAAAAACUUAACUUUAGUAAGAAACGUUGUAAACAAAGUUAAAAGACAAGUAGAUACAGGGAGAAUAUAUUCUCAACAUAAAUAACAUCCACAGAUCAAUAAGGAAAAGACAGUCCCAUGAAGAUGUGAAAUAUAUGUGCAUAGGCAAUUCAUAGAUGACGUUUAGAUGUCCAACAUAUAAAAAGUUGCUAACCACUCAUCAGGGCAGUACAAAUAAAUGGAGAAGAAUUCUUUCUCCCAUCAGGUUGGCAAAAAUUAAAAAGAUUGGGUGGCAAAUAACAAUAAGGGUGUGCAUAAAAUGGGUGCAGAUAUACAGAAGAGAGAUUAGGAAGAAAGGCCUGGUGAUCUAGUGCCCAAAAUCAGCUAAUGAAACCCCCAUGGAUUGAAACUGUCCAAUCAACAUCCUGUCUUGGGGAUGGUAGGGGACCAGGCAGCAUUUGUUCUGUUGUGCAUAGGGUCACCAUGAGUUAGGGGCCAACUCAAUGGCAGCUAACAAGAAGAAAUAUAAAUUGGUUUUCAUUUUGGUGAGCUGUUUGGCAGUAUCAGUUAAAUUUUGAAACGUGCAUACCCAUCAACCCAGUGCAAUAAUUCACUUCUUAUGAUUAUUAGAAAAAUAAUUUCUCAUUAAUGGUGAGAUUGCACUAGAAGAGUCAUUGCAGUAUGGUUUGUAGAUGUAUUGGAGCCUAAUUGUCCAUUAAAUGGGGAAUGUCUAAACUAUAAUUCUGUGGACCACCAUACAGCAGCUAAGAAGAAUGAGCUAGAUCAAUGUAUACUGAUAUGGAAACCCUUUAAGACAUAGGUAGAAGUUCUUUUCUGUUUAACCAACUCCCUUUGUUAACUGACAUUUCAUAUUUCGACUGUAAAGCAUACAGGCCCAUGCCCAAGGGACACUGAAUGCUUGAAGCUUGUAGAUUUCUAUUGGCCUGGGCACUUUGCACCCUCAAGUUGAAUGCUUGCCAAAAGUCAUUGUAUUAGUUCCUAGGGUUUUUGUUUUUUUUUUAUGUCAGUUGAAGUUGCCAUGAGUCAGGCAAUGGGUUUGGUUUUGGUUUUUGGUUUGGUUUGGUUUGUCAUUAUAUAGAUGUUGUAUAUAUUUCCAUUUAGAGAAACUUGAGUGUGAAAAGUUACUUCUCUUAAAACUAAGUUGAAGCAGGUGGAUACACAAGUGUUUUAUUGUUGUUCUUUAUAUUCUAUAUGUAUUUUGUAGAUUUUUUAAAAUAACUAAUAGUUGGGUAAAAACAAUUCUAGAUAAGAAAAGAGAGCAAACUAAGUUGAGUGCUUUGGAAAGAGAAAAGGGUGAGCUUGCAGUUAAGCAAAAAGGUGCCAAAUAGGUGUGAUUGACACAACUGUAAAAGAUGGAGGAAAAUUUGUAAAUAUCUGGAAGAUUACUGCACUUGAAUUGCUUCUCAAGGGAAGAAAGUAUUUUAUAAAACAGUGGUAGGAGUGCUGAAAGGUCAAGUUAAACGAGGUUGAGAAGAAUCCCUUGAAUUAAUUGACCUAGUGAUUAUUGGUGACUUUAGCUUCAGUGACGAGUUGGGGCAAUAUCUGAAUUAGAAUGAAGCAGGGAAAUGAGAACAUCGAGGACAGACGGUUCUUUUAAAAGUUUGACUAUGGGAGGGAGAAAACCAAACCCACUGCCGUAGAGUGGAUUCCUACUCAUGGCAACCUUACGGGACAAGGUAGAACUGCCCCAAAGGGUUUCCAAGGUUGUCAGUCUUUGUGGAAGCAAACUGCCACAUCUUUCUUCCGAGGAGCUGCUGGUGGGUUUGAACCACUAACUUUUUGGUUAGCAGCAGAGGGCUUUAACCACUAUACUACCAGAGCUCCUUUGAGAGGGAGGAGGAUGGUAUUGGGGGGCAUAAUAGUAUGGAAGGAUAGUUGUACGUGCCAAGAUGAGAAUGUUAAACAUUAUUUAAAUGCUGUUUAGAAGGAGCAAAUGGAAAUGGUGAGGAUGAUCAAUAACUCAAGUUUCCUCAGAAAGUGGGAGAAUAGAGCUAGAACACAAAUCCACAAUGGGAAGGUUUGUUUGGACUUAGAAAGUGGCCAGAUAGCCACUUCAUUGUAGUUGGAUCAGUUGCAUGGAGUGUUAGCUUACUUGACAAGAAAUUGAAGUAUUUCUCAUCUAAUGGUUCUGUUUUUUGUUUCAGAAAUCAGAGGCAAAAUCAUCUGCUGAGAUCCAGGGGAUCUGACUAGAGAGAAGGUGGGAUUGCCAGCCCUCAGCAGUUUAGGGGCAGCCAUUUUGGGGGGUGCUGAUGGAUACCUACGGGGUCGGCUGUGUUGCUCUGGGGGAGGCCGGCCCCGUGGGGAACAUGACUGUGGUAGACUCUCCUGGUCAAGAAGUGCUAAACCAGCUUGAUGUCAAGGCCUCUUCAGAAAUGACAAGUACAGAGGCCUCCACAGGGAUGUUACCUACCCCUUUACCUGGAUUUGCGGAUUCUCCUGAUAAGAGGAGGUUCCCUCUAGAGCAGGAAAGCUUCUCCAGACUGGAACAGCAAGAUCUUUCUUCAGAGAUGUCAAAGGUCUCAAAGCCUAGGGCCUCAAAGCCUGGCCGGAAGAGAGGUGGUAGGACACGAAAAGGCCCCAAAAGGCCCCAACAACCUAAUCCUCCAUCAGCCCCUCUGGUUCCUGAUAUCUUAGAUCAAUCCAACCCUCUAUCCACCCCCAUGCCUAAGAAACGAGGUCGAAAAUCCAAGGCAGAGCUGCUACUGCUGAAGUUGUCAAAAGGCCUAGAUCAGCCAGAGUCUCCACCUCCAAAGAGGCCCCCUGAGGACUUCGAGACCCCUCCUGGGGAACGACCCCGCCGAAGGGCUGCCCAAGUGGCGCUUCUGUAUCUUCAUGAACUGGCAGAAGAACUCUCAACAGCAAUGCCUGCUCCAGCGUCCUGUCCUGAGAGCACCCAGUUGAGCAGCCCCACCAAACUGAAGAAAAGCCAGCUGGAGGCAGACCCUCAAGGUGGGGGAGGAGAGGAUGAUACUGCACAAGAUGAAGACUUUGUUCUCCAGGUGGAGGCUGAAGAUGAAGAAGAAAGUGAGAUCCCGAGUGAGAGCUCAUCUGACCCCGAGCCCGCAGUGCCUGCUGUGCUCACAGUGCCCGAAGUGCCCACAGUGCUCACGGUGCCAGAAGUGCCCGCAGUGCCCGAAGUGCCCGCAGUGCCCAUAGUGCCUGCAGUGCCUGCAGCUCCUCCAGCUCCUCGAAGCGCCCCCCGAGGAUCCACUUCAGGGAAGCAGAAGCCACACUGCCGAGGAGUGGCUCCCAAUGGCUUACCAAAUCACAUCAUGGCUCCUGUUUGGAAGUGCUUCCAUCUCACCAAGGACCUCCGAGAGCAGAAGCACUCAUACUGGGAAUUUGCAGAAUGGAUCCCUUUGGCCUGGAAGUGGCACCUGUUAUCUGAAAUUGAGGCAGCUCCUUACCUGCCCCAGGAGGAGAAGUCUCCGCUUUUUUCUGUACAGCGUGAAGGGCUUCCUGAAGAUGGCACACUCUACCGAAUAAAUAGAUUUAGCUCGAUCACAGCACACCCAGAGCGCUGGGAUGUGUCCUUCUUCACGGGGGGACCACUCUGGUCUCUGGAGUGGUGCCCAGUGCCAGAGGGGGCAACAGCCUCGCAGUAUGUGGCUCUGUUCUCCAGCCCUGAUAUGAAUGAGACACAUUCACUGAGCCAGCUUCAUUCGGGCCCUGGGCUGCUGCAGCUCUGGGGCCUUGGGACCUUGCAGCAAGAAAGCUGUUCUGACAACAGGGCCCACUUUGUCUAUGGGAUUGCUUGUGAUAAUGGCUGCAUCUGGGACCUCAAGUUCUGCCCCAGUGGAGCAUGGGAGCUUCCAAGCACCCCUCGGAAGGAUCCUCUCCUGCCCCGGUUGGGUCUCUUGGCUCUUGCCUGCUCAGAUGGGAAGGUGCUUCUGUUCAGUCUGCCCCAUCCUGAGGCCCUGCUGGCUCAGCAGCCGCCAGAUGCGAUGAAGCCGGCCAUCUAUAAGGUAGAAUGUGUGGCAACCCUUCAGGUGGGGUCUGUGCAAGCCUCAGACCCCUCUGAGUGCGGCCAGUGCCUCAGCCUGGCCUGGAUGCCCACCCGGCCGCACCACCAUCUGGCUGCUGGAUACUACAAUGGCAUGGUGGUUUUCUGGAACCUUCCCACUAACUCGCCCCUGCAGCAGAUACGGCUCUCUGAUGGCUCCUUGAAGCUCUAUCCCUUCCAGUGUUUCCCAGCCCAUGACCAGGCUGUGCGUACCCUUCAAUGGUGCAAAGCUAACAGUCAUUUUCUAGUCUCUGCUGGGAGUGACCGGAAAAUCAAAUUCUGGGACCUUCGACGACCUUAUGAACCAAUAAACUGUAUCAAGCGCUUCCUGAGUACAGAGCUGGCCUGGCUGCUCCCCUACAAUGGUGUCACUGUGGCUCAGGACAACUGCUACGCCUCUUAUGGACUCUGUGGAAUUCAUUAUAUUGAUGCUGGUUACCUUGGUUUCAAAGCCUACUUCACUGCUCCUCGAAAAGGCACUGUCUGGAGUCUUUCAGGAUCAGACUGGCUUGGGACAGUAGCUGCAGGAGAUAUAUCCGGGGAGCUCAUUGCAGCUAUAUUGCCUGAUAUGGCCCUGAACCCAAUAAAUGUCAAGCGGCCUGUAGAGCGAAGAUUCCCUAUAUAUAAAGCAGAUCUGAUUCCGUAUCAGGAUGGCCCUGAAGAUCAAGACCACUAUUCUGCCUCGUCAGGGGCUCCAAACCCUCCCAAGGCUCGAACUUAUGCUGAAACUGUCAGCCAUCACUAUUUGCUCUUUCAAGACACAGAUUUGGGUUCGUUUCACGAUCUUCUUCGUAGGGAACCAAUGCUUCGCAUGCAGGAGAGAGAGGGCCAUUCUCAGCUCUGCCUGGACAGGCUGCAGCUGGAGGCUAUUCAUAAGGUACGUUUCAGCCCAAACCUGGACUCCUACGGAUGGCUGGUAUCUGGGGGGCAGUCAGGGCUGGUUCGGAUCCAUUUUGUCCGUGGACUCACCUCCCCACUGGGCCACCGUAUGCAGCUUGAAAGCCAAGCCCAGUUCAAUGCUAUGUUCUAACUAUCCUACUCCACUGAAGGGCUUGGCUUCCCUCCAACCAGCCAUUGCCUUCUGCCCAGUUCCUAGUCUUGGUCCACACAGGACCCUUGGAAUGAAGUCUACCAAGAACAAAUGGCCCCCAGGCACAGAACCAUAGGACCUGCGGCCUUUCUGGAUAGUUAUGCUGCCCAGGCCUGGACCUUUAGGCCUGUUUCCCUGGGACUCCUUAGAUUCCUCACCUUCUGCAGACUUCUCCUGUGAUCACAGCCUCGUGUGGGCAGGGGAGUGCUUUCUCCAUGAACCCUCAAGGCUCCUCAGCCUAAAAUUAUGGUUCACCAGAAACACUCAGGCCUGACCUAGGCUUGGGAAUCAAAUUGCUCAUAUUGAGCAUAUUGUGAAGUAGGUAAAGCCAAGUAAAGGUGCUGGGUGUUUUUGAGAUCA